AUGCUGGUUGUCUCCCAAGCGUCAGCACCAUGCAUUUCCUCACCCAUCCACCUUCGAACCGUUUCGGAAACGAUGCCUCCUCCGAAGCUCCAACAGAGAGACUCAGCGCUCAUUGCUGAUCGCGCAAAGUCCGGUGGCUGGAAGAGCGGCAAGCACCACGAGCGCGACAGAGAGAGAGUUAUGAAUCGCUAUGAUGAGAAGACCUUGCAGCAUCAAGACGGGGUCCUCAACGCCUACGCGGUAUGGUGUUGCGAGAAAUCAGACCGCAAGGAAGAUUUUGAAGACUGCAAAGCAAGAGUGCUUUGUGCUGGGGCGCCGAUAGCAGAAACGCACGAACUCAAAGACUUUUGGCGGUUUUGUAAAGCCCAGUCCAAAGGCCGACUCCGUGAAUCUCCCACCCCCAAAAGCCUCCUUUCAAAGGCGAAGGCGUUCAAGGCUAGCUUUCGUCAACUAACAAAGAGCGAACUCGGCGAUGCGGACACUGAGGAAAUCAACCAUUGGUUUAGAAAGGUCUUGCCAUACGAGCCCGGGAGCGAUAUCUACGACAUCGGGAAGCCGAAAUACAAUUUCAAGCCGCCAGACCUGGACCGACUCAUCGACAAGUUAUGGGCAGGCCAUGACCUUUAUUAUACCCACGAGAGAAACCGGAUCCAACUUCACCUUCAACUUCUGUAG